CCAUGAGUUAGCAUUGUCGAGAGUGUGCCAGGUGUUGUGCUGUUUGGCCCUCUUGUAGAAAUAUUCUAUGUUAUCAUGAGUGUCGCUUGUCGCUUUCUUUCAAGUGGUCUCUUGCAUAAAGCAACAUCACAUAUUUCUAUUACUGGAUGUCGUAAUUCCUGCUUUAAUAAUGCACGGAUGCACUGGAUUCGUCAAAUCGGAACUAAAGCCAACUCUACUGCUGAUUCUGCAAGACCCGUGACUUUAACAUAUGAUGUCUUCGACGGAAAAGGGGACAGUACGCCGCUGGUUUUUCUCCAUGGUCUUUUCGGCAGUAAAUCCAACUUCCACUCCAUAGCGAGGUCUUUAGUUCAGCGGACCGGCAGAAAGUCAGGUGGUGACAGUAGAUGCACGUAACCAUGGCACAAGCACACACAGCCCCAUAAUCACCUACGAGGCAAUGACCAAUGACCUCACGCAACUACUCUCUCAGCUGCGAAUCGGGAAGUGCAUUCUGAUUGGCCACAGCAUGGGAGGCAAGGUGGCCAUGACAACGGCACUCACGCAGCCGACUCUAGUGGAGCGCCUGGUGGUGGUGGACAUAAGCCCCGCCCAGUCUGGGUCAGUCACAAAUUUCCCCAUCUACAUCCAGGCGAUGAAGGACGUGAGCGUGCCCAGAGAUGUGCCCCGCUCCACGGCACGCAGGCUGGCGGAGGACCAGCUCCGCAAGCAUGUCAAAGAGCGCUCACUGCGGCAGUUCCUCCUGACAAACCUGGUUGAGGAGGAUGGUCAGUAUUCUUGGAGGAUCAACUUGGAGGCCAUCUCCAAUCACCUGGAUGACAUCAUGAAUUUCCCAGAAUUCAACACCAGCUAUGAGGGACCAACCCUCUUCCUUGGUGGGACCAACUCUGCCUAUAUCAGCUCUGAAGACUACCCAGAGAUCCAGCGUCUUUUCCCGUGUGCAGAUAUUCAGUACAUCCCAGACGCCAGCCACUGGAUCCACGCAGACAAGCCACUGGACUUCAUCAGCACAGUCAUAUCCUUCCUCCAGUAGCCCCGGCCAAGCCAGACGCAGGGAACAGAGGACAGGACCUUACAGUUGUCAGCAAGGAGAAAUGUAUGAACAAGCAUCUUUUUUAUUUAGUUUUUGUGUCUUUCUUUUUUAGUCUCAUUUGAUUUUGCCUUUCUUUUUUUUUUUGGAGUGUUUGUUUAUAUUAGGCUAUGUUGUUUAUGGCCAUUUCUUUUUGUUGUUGUUUUUAGGUCAUCAUCAAGUAAUAGCAGUGUAUGCAGAUGCCUAUGGUUCCGCAGAGUUGAAUACUAUAGAAUUCUUACAUAGGCAAUUAUUAACUUACCCAAAGGACAUAUUAUGAUCAUUACUAUGAUUAAUUGCUGGAUUGUAGUAUAAAGGUAUAAGGUGGGUUUCCAUGGGCACUUCUAAUCAGAUUAUAAUCGGAACAAUGACUCAUUCAGAAUAAAAAUGAGACACAUAAAUACCUUGAUGGGAAUAAAACUGCCGAUCCGAUUCUAAUUUUUCAUUCGGAAUAGUUUAAUUGGAAUGACAAAAAAAAAAAACUGUCCAUGUAAAUCCACCUAUAGUUUGGAGUGAAAAGCACAAGGUUUGAAUAAUGUAAUAACAGAGUAAUGGACUUUAGUGGGGCCUAGAGAAGGUCAGCCAGGGUUUUUUUUAGUCUUACAGACAGUACAGAUCACUAAAAGCUUUAACACAUCUCUUCUUUCAUUUUAAGAUAUAUUUGUUAAUAUGCGGACAGUAUGGUGAAAAUCCGCAAGUUGUGUUUUUUUCAUUUUUUUUUUUUUUUUACUACAUGUAAGGGAACAGUAUUAAAUAUACUGGUAGUUAAUUAGAUGAGAAUAUAUAAUUUAACCAGGUGAGAGAGUUAGGGUCAUCUAAAAGAAUCUGCCAUUGAUAAGGCAGUUGGCUUUGACUCCAGUGUGAAGGCUUCACACAACUGUUGACAACCUGCUACAUUGGAUACUGGUCACUAAAUAAGAUGCAUGCAACAUCAGCAUAGUUCACACAAAUAUUGCGAUUGUGCCUUCACAAAAUUGAGAAAUGAAAGCCACAUUAAUAGAUGAUAAAUAAAUAGCAUACAUUAAAGGUUAAUUAUUUAAGAUAAAUAUAAAUUGAUAUGCAUACAUUCACAGAUCUCAACAAUACUUGAAUAUGUUAGCACUAUUCAGGUUCCAGUUUAUAGAAAAACGUUAUCAAUAUUUGGCUGUACAGUUUAUUAUGACCAUCCCAAUGUGACCAAUAUGGCAGGUUAUAAGACAGUAUUCUAACACAGGAGUGCCAUUUACAGUGCCGUUGGCUUUCUCAGGGGGCACGUAUACAUAUUACAUACGUAUACAUACAUAUAUUACCUGUGCCCUAAUACUUGAAUUGCCACCUUUUAGUGUACAGUUUGUACAUAGAAAGCUCUUGUCUUUUAUUCUAAUUUGUGUUCUUUGUUAACAUGUAAGGAUUAUAUAUGCGUAAAUAUAAUAUUUACACUACGUAAUGAAUAAAGGGACACAAUAUGCACUGCUAACCUCAACAGCUCUUAUGUCAUUUAUAAAUAAGUGAAUAUUCUACUGUUGAUGUAAUAUUUGUCCAAGUCAGGUAUAGUAAAUGGUGUAAUAUUAUUGUGCUGGACAUUUCUUGUUUUGUUUGUUCUUAGGUAAUACUUGAUCAUUGUCAGAAUUACUGGUGACAGACAUAACUCUUCCAGUAUCGCAGAUGUUAAUCAUAACAUUCGUAGCUAAAUGUUAAUAGUCAUUAACAGCAUGAGUUUGUAUUCUGUUUUAUCUAUUUCCAGUUGACUGUGGCAUAACUGUGCACCAGACCGGGCCAAGUCUCAUAUUAGAGUGAACUGCAUUGUGGGUAGUUACAUGAUUCUUUGAUCCAUUUUCAUAUUUUUUCUUUCUGGCUUUGGGUAGCAGCUAAGAGGAGUAGGAUGAUGCAGUUCGAUCAGAAUGUAAAAGUGGUGGUUUUCAGUGUGUAACUGUCAUGAAUGAAUUGUUGUUUAACCAUCAAGAUUGUCAGUGUCUGAAUGAGGUUUUUAAUUUUGCAGAUUUUAUUGAACUUAGUGAUUUUCUCUAUCAAUAUUUUUUGACAGAAGACAAAGUAACCUAUAUUUGUUGGAAAAAAGCUUAUAUUUGUGUGUGUGUGUGUGUGUGUGUAUGUUGAGACUGACAAGUGAUGUCCAUUUGUAUUGCGAUGUUGUAGUUAUUUAUUAUAUACAAAAAAAAAUAGAAAUGUC